AUGAAGUCUUUAAUCUCCCUACCAUUUCUAGGCCUAUUGGCCAUGCAGCCCGUGACCUCAGUGGCUUACUGGCGCAUGGCUUGUAGUGUCUCUCAAACGGCUCGAGUCGACCCUAUCCUCAAUCCCGGUGGUGUAGCAAGCCAUGUCCACAAGUUCGCUGGCGGAAAUAACGUCGACGAGAACUCUACCUUCGACUCUCUUCGACAGUCGACAUGUUCUUCUUGUGAAGUGCAAAAAGAUACCUCGGCUUACUGGACGCCGCAACUAUACUUCGCGCACUCGAAUGGCGUGGUUGAAGAAGUUCCGAAUUAUGGCAUGACGGUUUACUAUGUCGGCAAGUGGCGCGGAGACCAGUCGAACACCAAACCCUUCCCGCCUGGGUUCAAGAUGAUUAGUGGAGAUUCUACAGCACGAUCAUAUGAUGAAACAACCUUGACAUACAUGAAUACACGGCCUGUGGCUGAUAGGGUAAGUUUCCGUUGCAUAAAUGCGGCUAACGAUAUUCCAGAAACACAUUAUAUCAACGACACAAACUGUGUCAACGGCUUGCGAGCCCAGAUAAAUUUCCAGUCUUGCUGGGACGGUAGCAACCUUUACCUCGAGGAGUCGGCCCAUGUCGCCUAUCUCUCAAAUAUUGACUCUGGUUCUUGUCCACCAUCUCAUCCAGUAUCGAUACCAGGUCUCUUCUUUGAGGUGCUGUACUUUACCAACAACAUCGACCAGUCUGGUGGCGGCGAAUUCGUCUUCUCUAACGGCGACACGACUGGUUUCGGAUUCCAUGCCGACUUCAUGAAUGGCUGGGAUAUGGAUGUGCUCGACAAUGCCGUAGAGAAUUGUCUCUACACUGAUGUUGACUUUGGAGUUGUGUCAGCUUGUCCCGUUUUAGCGGAAAGCGAUACUCAGAACUUCUCUAGAGUUUGCCCCGAAGAGCCCUCGGUUUUGACAGAAGCUGUGAAAGGCAAGCUUGAUGGCCUCCCCGGGUGCAAUCCAAUUACUUCAGGCCCGGAAUCAGCUCCUGAGGAAGUCUGCGCUGUUGGUGUAGUCACGCCUGUCAAUUCCACGACUCCAGCACAGCCAAGUAACGUAAUCAGCUCGACCACCACCUCAGCUGAUGCCGCAACUUCUACCUCGACAGUUGCUACUCCGACGCCGACCUCGACGACCCUUUUGUCUACCACGUUGCAGACAUCUGCUUCAAUUGGCUAUUCCAGUUCUAAUAGUUCGCCGCUCUCAGAGUCAGCUUCUACCAUGUUGACCGUCUCGACUGUGACUUCAAACAGUGUUGACCCGGCGACAUCAUCCAGUCUCAUGUCUGCAACGGCAUCAACAUCACCUAAUGGUCCUUUGAGCAGCAGCACCGCCACCACUCAGUUCAGCGACGGCAUUCCUACGCAGAACCCGACAAGCAGUAGCGCAUCUACUGCAGCAUUCACUUCAGGCGGGUUCUCAGUACCAACGACCGCUGCGCUAGACGUAUCGACGACCCAGGGCACCAGUCAGCAGGGUGAUGUUACCACUGCUUCUUCCACCCCGGCGACUGUUAGCUCCGCACCCGAUAGGGAAACAACAACGGUGACUGUAACUGAUUUCGUCACUGUGACUGUGACGAUUAAUGGCGUCCCGGUAGAAACCACGAGCCCUGUUACCUUGACAGUCACAGGCAAUGGACCCACGGAGACAGGAAGCAUACUUACCGUGACUGAAAACACAUUUACUACUUUCUUCUCUGGAGGUUUUGGGGGCGCACCCGCGCAGGGCGGUCCUCUAUCAUCCCCGGGCGUCAGUCAAGCGAUCAAUGGCAUGUACACCAUAACUGGCAGCACUUUUACCACAUUUACAUUCGGACGUCCUUCGGGCGGACCUCAUGGUGCUGGCUUUUACAAUAGGCACGGCUCAUCAGGCGAAGCUGUCAACACUGCUCCAGUCAACACUGCUCCAGUCAACACUGCUCCAGUCAACACUGCUCCAGCCAACGCUGUCACUGCCACUCCAGACGAUGGAGGCAGCAUGCUUACUAUCACCGGGAGCACGUACACGACUUUCGAGUCGGUGGCAAUAUCCACGACCUUGGAAGAGGGGACCUCUACCACGACGCUUUUCUCCACAACCACAAUCUUUGUGACUGUCACUCCGACGAGUACCACCACAUUAGAGACCGCAGUCGCCUCGGCCAUUGCUACCACCUCAUCCACGACCGUUGCUGUCAGCAGCACACUAUCCUCGUUAAAUACAACCGUCGAUCGUGGCAUACCUAUCAGCAGUGCAAGCGAUUUAGUACCGACCACGUUCAUCACAAGGGCCGAUCCUAAUACAGGUGAUCCUACAUCUACGACUCAAACGGCACUCACGCUAUCGACCGCACUAACAAACGCGACAUUCUUCACUAUCCGAGGCCGCGAGGUAAUGUUGACGAAAUUAUAA